AUGGACGACGAAUAUGUGUCUGCCAACACCGGCCGGCUGCUAAAGGUGUCCUGGAAGUACUCGGAUGCUGAUAGGAAACAGUUCCAGGGCCACAAGUUGGCUAUUCCGCACACCAGAAACGUUAUGUACUUGAGGUUCGACAGCUUGAACGGCGGCCCCACCGGUGGCCGGAACACGACGAUGUCCUGGUCUUGUAAGUUGGAAGGGUUGGUUGUCAUUAAAGAUGGGGGAGGAAAAAAUAUUUUGCAACAAGACAACUAUAUAAAGUGUGUUAUGCAUUUAAAAAGUCGAUGCAUUGGGCCAGAACAAGGUCGCUGUGGGUUGGUGUGA